GUCAUCUACAUAUUUGCUCACCGUGACAGUCAAGCUGACAGUCGCUGUCUCAGGCAUCCCAUUUCAAACUGCAACGAUGCCAGGCCACCGAUCACUAAUGUUUCAAUAUGACGGCUCUGAGGCCGACAGUGCUUCGAAUAUUAGCUCUUUGAGUUAUGCUGGGUGAGUCCAAAAUUCAUACUCUAUCCGAGUCGAUAUGCCCCGCUGGCCGGAAUACCUCACGAGAGUCUCAGCUUUUCAAUAGGAGGCGCUGGACCUCUGAAACGCAGGAAAACCCUGGGACUUAAUACUCGUUUUGAUCGGAUGCUGGCCCAAGUGCACGUUACAAAUUCGUACAGUUUUGAUCCAAAAACGCGUCGAAAGCGUGCGCGUUCUUCCGGGUCUUCCUCUGUCAGCAGUUAUGAUCUUCCCAAGACGCCUGUGGACGCAUACAGCCAUGAGGAUAGAAUCGGAAGUGCACACUCUGUGUCGAAGAUGAAUCAUGGGCCGCCAAACCCAGCAAAGUCUGCCAAGGUACAACGAGAACUCAAAACAUAUCAAAAGGGUUCUAAAGUACGGGCACCGACAAAGGCCCUUCCUAUGUGGCUCGCGAGUACGUUCAGUACCCUAGAACCCAAGCAUCCUCUUCGAGAAUUGCUUCCUCCCCUGGCCCACGAAGACAUGAUUGAAGUCAGAACUCGAAACGAACCUCGACCAUGCUCUCAAGAAGCUAGGAACAGUCGCGUGUUUGCAUUCUCCCCGUUCGAUGCCGAUGUAAAAGAAAAUAACGAUGCAGCUCAUGAUCCGCCGUUUGCUGACCCCGCCUUCUGCGACAUCGUGCUAUUGCCUCGUGACCCCACGACUGCUAAUGCGGAGUUACAAACAUCCCACCUCAGAGAAGAUACUCUCGAUUUUUGCCCAUUUUCCACUCCUGGCUCUCUCGUCGCUCUCCAACACGCGGUUAAUUCAAAUGCUUCAUCUGACCUAGCCCGCCCAUCAGGAUCGCAGAAGACCUUGGUGCAUGUGAAACCACCCCUUUUGUCUCACGACGCAAGUGUCAAUCGUGCCAAUUUCACAUCACCCCCUGUUUUUCGUCCAACUAUUACAGGACCGGAAAAUUACUUGACCUCCUUCCGCCGCAGAUCGGCUGUUACUUCUAAUGAUCGUGGACCUUACUCACCGGCGCCUGAUUUUCAAGAGAACGCACUUACAAUGAAUAUAUUUUCCACCCCUGGACCGGCAUUUACCGUCUCUCGACCAGUGUACUUCGAUUCUCCCACUGAAGAUCCAUCAUUGUCCGAAUCUCUGGAACCAGAAUCGUACGAGCUUGACUUGGAUGCACUUGAUUUCCGCUGGCAGCCAUUCUUGAGGAAGACUUUGCCUGAUCCUAGCUUGGCAGGCCGGCAGACUUAUGACAUGCAUGCUUCGGCUACGAUUCCUCCUGUCUUUGAUUAUUCCGACGUCCUUUUACCGCGCUCGCCUCAUUCCUUCUGUAGUGUCGCUGAAAAUCAAGUAGCAAUGGCGGAAGCACGUGGCGCACGCGACCUAUAUGAUAGAUCCGUUCGUGGCUCACCUGUAUCUGGACACGCCAUCCGACAAAUUUCAUCCCCUCAGUCAAAUGGCCAAAGCGGCGCAGUGGUCUUCGCUCACCCGUUUAGAAGCUCCAUUACGGUUCCUCCCGUCUCUGCAGACCCCGAUGUCCUUUCGUCACAUUCCCCUAAUGUUUUCCGCAGUGCCACCGACGACCAAGCAACAAUGGCAGAAGCAUCUAACGCACCCAUAGAAUACGACCUUCGUGAUGGAUCCAUUCGCGAUUCACCUAUAUUUAGACCUGUCAUGCAAGGAUCUCCGUCACCUCAGUUGAAUGGCCAAAAUGUCGCAGUGAUCUUCGCUCCCACUUCGGGAAUUUCUGUCUCACCGCUAAGGGGAGCAACAUCAUCCCCUAUGGUCCCUGGCAUUGGCGAUGUGCACGAAGUAAGCCCACAUGAAACAAAACUGUCUUAUCGUAUUCAAAUUCACCUUGUCAAAGCUUACCGCUGAAAACACAAUAUGCACCACAGAGAGCCACGAGCAACCUUUCACACCCACACGUCCAACUCAGGCAUCACAACCAGCAACACCAAAGAAAGAUCGACUAAGUCAAACACGCAGUACGCCGAUCCCGCCUCGGCAAGAACAACGAUCGAUUGUCUCAUGGAUGUUAUCACGUCGGUCGCUUGCAGGGAGGGGUAGCAUUGGUCAUGAUGAAAUUGAAGGAUUGCUUUCGCAGUGUUCAGACACUAGUCAUGACACAAUUGAGUCAUGGGCG